UACGUGGGAAAAAGCAGUGUCUAUCGGUGACGUAAAGCCUCGAAAUUACAAUAACCCCCGCACCAUACCCAUGAACAUAAAUCCCUACCUGCAACACUUCCCCCAAGUCUCUGAUCCCUCAAUUCUCCCCCCAAAAGUCCCCCCCAGUGGUGAAAAACGACUGUUCUCUCACUUCAGUUCAGUUCAAUUCCUCAAUUCUGUUCUCUAUGGGAAUUCGUUUCCCACCUGAGGAAUGUAACUCUCGGUAUACUUCACCGCUCCAGGGUCUAAAUGGUCUAACCCAACGGACCCCGACCUGGUGACAACCAGUCAUCAACCGCAAUUAAAGUGCGCGUGGAACAUUAGAACGAAACCUCUUAAACACACGUACCAAGGGAGGCUCUUAACCAAAAAUUAAAAAUUAAGGGCUAAUAAAUCGACAUUUCGACCUGUCGGAGAGGGUCAAGGUGCUCUCCGGUGUUCUCUGUUAACGUAUGUGCAUCAUCAUAGCCUCAAAAAACCUAACAACAGUGACAAGUGUAAAUAAACUCAGUGAUACAUCAGUUAAAUCGUCAACAAAAGGUAAAUCAUCAGAUUGUCAACAAUCUCGAUGCGCCGAACGAUCUGGCGCUCGGGUGGAGGACGACCACGAGUGCAGUUUAACACCGGGAAGUAGCAGUAACGUUGACGUUGUCGGCAUUGCCGGCGACGAGAUUAUCACUCGUGGCUGCUCCAUACUAAUUUUAAGGUGGGACAAGGAGGUGCGGGGAGCACCACCCGAGAGCCACCAGGAAGCAUAGCUAAGAAGAUGGCCUUCAACGAGGUAGAUCCGGAGCUGAUAUUUACGAAGCAGGAGAGAAUUGGAAAAGGCAGCUUUGGAGAGGUGUUCAAGGGGAUUGACAACAGGACACAGCAGGUUGUUGCCAUUAAAAUCAUUGAUUUAGAAGAGGCUGAGGAUGAGAUCGAGGAUAUACAGCAGGAGAUUAUGGUACUGUCGCAGUGCGACAGCCCAUAUGUCACGAAAUAUUAUGGAUCGUAUCUCAAGGGCACCAAACUAUGGAUCAUCAUGGAGUACUUGGGCGGCGGUUCCGCUUUGGAUCUCAUGAAGGCCGGAAGCUUUGAGGAAAUGCAUAUCGCCGUUAUUUUGCGCGAAGUACUCAAAGGCCUUGAUUAUCUCCACAGCGAAAGGAAAUUACAUCGAGACAUUAAAGCUGCAAAUGUACUCCUGAGCGAAAUGGGAGAUGUGAAAUUGGCGGACUUUGGGGUCGCUGGACAACUCACAAACACAACGAGUAAGAGGAAUACUUUCGUGGGAACUCCGUUUUGGAUGGCACCAGAAGUCAUCAAACAAUCGGCCUAUGAUUCUAAAGCAGACAUUUGGUCGCUGGGCAUAACCGCGAUAGAGCUCGCUAAGGGUGAGCCUCCAAACAGCGAACUCCAUCCAAUGCGAGUUUUGUUUUUGAUUCCCAAGAACAAUCCUCCACAAUUAACCGGAAAUUACACUAAACAAUUUAAAGAAUUUGUCGAAGCCUGCCUCAACAAAGAUCCGGAAAACCGUCCCACAGCUAAAGAGCUCCUAAAGUUCCAAUUCAUUCGCAAAGCGAAGAAGAACUCGUAUUUAAUCGACCUGAUCGACCGUUACAAAAAAUGGAAGUCCCAGAGAAGCGAAGAGUCCGAGACUGAGAGUGAGAAUUCCGACUCUGAGGACUCGAAACAAGACAGCGAUCUGGAUGAACCCUGGAUAAUGACCGUGAAAGGCCCUCACGGUGGUAAAACUCCAAUGAUGCCCGUAUUGCCCCCAAUGGAUGAUCAGCCAACUUUGAGCAAUUCAUUGAGCAAUAAUACCCCCAAUCAUAGUACAGAGAAGGCCCACGCUAAUGGUGGAACAACUUCACCCCCUCAGGAUCCAUUAGAAUCCCCAAUGUUUUACUAUAAAAAUGAGUCGACAAAUUCAAUACGUGAAACUCUACCUAGAGAUGAUAAUACACCGUCCCAACAGAAUCCCCUGCAGAGUCCAAUUCAAAAACCCGCUGUUUGGUGUGAGAGGAGUGAGGAUCGUCAGUUUAGGGACUAUAGACAGCAGAAGAAGCCCCAGGUCCGUGAAAAUAAUACACCUAAGGCUCGAAGAAGCAAACCCGAUGUGCCUGUUGUGCCAAUGGAGGACAAACAGCGGCCAAGGAGCUCACAGGAGCCCAAACAUGCUCGCAGUCCUACUCUUAAUUCACUUCUGUUUCCACUUCUUUCGGAACUUCAACGCAAGUAUCAAUAUUCGACGAGGGACAAUAAUGGAGAGGGCACUGGGGGACGAGCUGGUGGAGCUGUCGAGGAGUUGAGGAGUGCAUUCGAAUUAGCUGAACGCACCUCACCCGGAAUUAAUGAGGCACUGAUUAGGGAAGUUCUCAAGGCCUUACUCCCAGCUAAUCAUUCGGAUAGUAGGUUGUCACUGAUUAUGGAGAAGAUUACGUUGAGGGAUACGUAGGAGAAGGUUUGGACAAAAGUCCGUAAACGACUGUGGAUUGAAAGCACCUUGACAUUAUAAAUGGAUUCUUGUCUUUCGAUUCGAACUCCAGCCAACCGGGAUAUUUCCAAACCCACCACAAGUGUACUUGUGCUUCGACGAAUUCACGAGAGCAAUCGUGUGCCAGCGGUCUAUCCGAAUUCCUGCCUAUAUUUAAAAAAUAUCCGAAAACCGAAAAAAAUACAAAGCUGCAAAAAACGUAAAAAAUUGACAAAGUUGUGAUGAAAAAAAAUAAUGCCUCGGUCUGUGCAGUUAUGCGUUCGUUUAAAAUAAUGCCAGGUUCUCCAUUAUAUUCUCUUCACUUUAAUUCUUUUCUUUGGUUAUUUUUUGCCCUCGUUAAUGGGUGAGAGGAAAAGUUUUAGGAGCGUUUAUCACGUUACGUUCAAACUUAAGCAACGACCGAGGCUGUUAUAGAGAAAAACGAGGCAAAAAUCCAGGCAUCAUUGUACACUGGAAAUGAAAAGCCAUGUAAAUAUGUAUGUAGCUCGAUAAGAUAUACUUAUUGUUAUGGUCGGCAGUGUUCCGACCGGUUUCCCCCUUCCCUUGUUCUUCAUGCGAGUUCCGACGUGUAGGGGAGUUUUGUUCAAAACUAGAAAAAGAGAAAAAAAGCGUUCAACAAAAUUUUAGCGUUAAAAACGUCGGAAGAGUCGUUUUUUUCCCUUUCUCCCCAAGUUAUUGACUUUUUACUAGUGUUAACUAAUGAUUUUUUGUUUAAUUUUUUUUUUGUUUUAUUCUCUGGUUUUUCGCAUUUUCCUUUGAGAGUUAAUGAAGAAUUAUUAACGAGUUCAUUGUUUGAAUUUGCGUAGAUAAAGGUGGGAUUUUAAGUGAAAGAGUGAAAAGGAAUGGAAGUGAGGGAAAAGCUGAAGGGACUCGUCGAUAUCUGUGCUCUUAAAAAGUUUCUUGAUGGUUUCUCAUGACUUCAAUUAUUAUCAGAAGAAUUUUAGAAUACAAUGAAAUAUGCAUUGAAGUAUGAGAUCAUUAAGUAGUGAGUUACAUUGAAAAUAAGUGGAAUUUUCAAAGAAAAUUGUCGAGAUAUCGUUUUUUUAAUAACGAACUCGUCGUUCAAUGAAAAAUAUCUUGAGUUUUUCCGCAAGUCCAGCAGUUUCCGCGAUAUUGGCAAAAUAAUCCUUGAGAAACUGUUCUAGAUUCUAGGUCCAUCUCUUUUCGCUACUUUACUGCUGAAAUGAAAGUAGGAAAUAUUAAACCAGAAUUUGAAAGGGUGAGAGCGUAGAAAAAUGUCCCGGGGACAUGACAUAACUGUGAGUUUUAUCAGUACCACGUGUAGUAUUCUGUAAUGAGUCUAGUAGAUGGAUAAUUAAUAUUUUUGGGAGGUAGAGAGAUAUUUUUGCGCUUAGAGAGGAUAAUUAAAUGAAAAAUUCAUGAAAAUGUAGAUAAUCGAAGGAAGUUAUCAUCAAUUAUUUUACUAUCUAUCAUUCCUACUAUCUUAUUUAGUAAUCACGAGGAACAACCCACUUCAUUACUCCAAUUAUGCGCGGUUCUUUAACAGCCCUAGGAGAGUACUUUAAAAUUUCUAACAUUUCCUCUACCCUCUCACCCUCAUUACGUUUCGGCUUGUCCUCUUCCACAUCUACUUGUUAAAAAGAAUUUCAUCUAGAAAACAAAAUGAAAAGGAUUUUCAAGUGAAAUGUUCGAAGCAAAUCAACUAUAAAAUGGAUUGUACUUCAUACUACCCGGAAUAUCUCAGACAGGAGAUAUUUGAAAGAAGAAUUUUUGUAGCUGACAGAAUUCUCUUUAGAAAAUGCUUUCUGAUAAUUUUUUCCAAUACGACUAACGAUCCAGAUGAUACGGUAAUUUAUUGCAAAAAAUGCGAAGCAAUAUGCAGGUUUAAUAAUUAUACUAUUGUUUUAAGAGCAAAAAUUUCAGGAAAAGACGUCAAAAGGCGCUGCAUGCAGCAUACAAAAUCCUUAUAAAAAAAAAUUCUGACAUUUUUCUCUAAGUCCACUUGUCCUCCCAACAUUUGCGAAAACAUCUGCAUAAAAUUUUGUUAUUCAUCUCCAUACACAAUUUCACUACUUAAUUCCAUUUUCUCCGAAUAUCCUGAUUAAUUUCCUCUUUGUUCCUCGUAAGUGGCCAUUACUAUUUAUUAUUUUCCAUGAACAUGUCAAUGUUCAUACGAAGUACUGUGGAAAAUAAAUGAAUUAAAUCUCUUGCAUAUUGAAGCCCAUCGAAUAACCAACAAUUGUAAUUCAGUCAGAUUUAAAAAUCAAGAAGUGAGAAUGAGAGUGUGAGAAAAGCUGUAAAAAAAGAGAUAGAGACUAACGUGGUAGUAAUAAUGAAGAACGAAAAAAUGGAGUAGGUUUGCAAUUUAUGUAUAUAUUGUAUUUUGCAAUCUACGGCUGCGUUGGAAUGUAUUAUAUAUGGUUAAAGGGGUUCAUUCAUAGAAGAUUCCAGUGGGAAAAAAACAUGUAUGAUUAGGUAUUCCGUUUGGACAGGCAUGUACAAAUCUUAAAAGAAAAUGAGAAAACGAAAAUAAUAAAUCUGUAUUGAUUAUAUUA